AAUUUUUCUCAAGUGUAACCGUCUAUCCGUGAAGUGAUGCCAGUCUCUACGGAAACCGUAUGUCAACAAGAUAGAACAACAAGCAAUUGGUAGUUGCGUAAAAUUUUAAGAGGACUGCUUCAUUUCCAAACCAAAAUGUAUAAGAGACGGAUGAAAGACAAGAGGAGAAAGCAUUCUCCACACAGAAGAAGACGUAGAAAUCCAGAAAGAGAUGCAAAAUAUUCCUCAAGUAACUGCAAAGUGGUAUGUUACGGACCCCCAAAAGACAAAUUAUGUGGUUGGGAAAGGAACAAUAGGCGGGGGAGACGUGGAUGUGGACCACGUGGGCGUCACAGAAGUGGAAGUCGUCAUAGAAGUGGAAGUCGUCAUAGACAUGGAAGUCGUCAUAGAAGUGUAAGUCGCCAUAGAAGUGGAAGUCGUCAUAGACAUGGAAGUCGUCAUAGAAGUGGAAGUCGUAAUAGAAGUGGAAGUCGUCAUAGACAUGGAAGUCGUCAUAGAAGUGGAAGUCGGCAUAGAAGUGGAAGUCGUCAUAGACAUGGAAGUCGCGGUCGAUCAGGAAGUCGGGGGCGAAGAAGCAAAAGUCCACCUGUAAUAAACGACCAAAGACCCCAAAAACCUGAUGUACAAGAUGAGGAAGAGAAACGUGUAAAUGAAGAGGAAGUCAACAAACGCUUUCAUGUUCUUGGUAUCGAUUUUAACAUUCCGCUUAACACCAAGGAUCAUCACACAGACAAAUUCGAAUGCACCGAGGAAAGAGUAACAGAAAGCGAUGGCAAAAAACUUCCACCUGAAUUGGUUGUUCGCAGGGGACAGUCUUUCACACUGACCAUUACUUUCGACAGAGAAUAUGACAAGAAGGAGAACGAUUUAGAGUUCACUUUCACAACAGGAUCUACCCCAAAACCACCGAAAGGUACAGCUGUUGAAUUCGAUAUGGACGAAAAUACCGAUGGUACUGGUCAUCACUCAGAAUGGUAUGCAAAGAUGGUUGAGAAAAAAAAUAACACAAUCAAAGUAGAGAUUACACCUGCAUGCAACUGUAUUAUUGGUGAAUGGGAAUUCUCCAUUCUAACGUCAUCGAAAAUCCAACCAGAGGACGACCCCAUGUUAUUUAAGUAUACAAGUGGCAGCGAUAUCACCAUUUUAUUGAAUCCAUGGUGUGAACAUGACGAAUGUUACCUAGCAACAACAAGUCUUUUAAAUGAAUAUGUUUUAAAUGACACUGGAGCUGUUUUUCAAGGCAACUACAAACAAAUCAACGCAAAAGUUUGGAACUUUGCUCAGUUUGAAAAUAAGGUUUUGGAGAUAAGUUUGGAUCUUUUAUUGGAACAUUUUGGUGGUCAGCCAACAAUUGAUAUGAGUGACCCCAUUAAGCUGUCAAGAGCUAUCACAGAAGUUGUAAAUGCAAAUGAUGGUGGCGUUCUGGUCGGAAAUUGGAGCGGCAAAUAUGCCGAUGGAGUUUCUCCAACCAUGUGGUCUAGCAGUGAGAGUAUUCUCAACAAAUAUGACGAGACUAAUGAGAGUGUCAAAUACGGACAGUGUUGGGUUUUCUCAGCAAUAACUACAACUAUAUGUCGCGCACUAGGACUGCCGUGUCGGAGUGUAACAAACUUUAGUUCGGCCCACGACUCAGAUGGAAGUGUAGCUAUUGAUGAAGAAUAUGCAAAAGAUAAAAAGACUGGAAAACUUAAAAGACUUAAAACUGGCGAUUCAGUAUGGAAUUUCCAUGUAUGGAAUGAGUGUUGGAUGUCACGGAAUGAUCUUGGGAACGGAUAUGAUGGUUGGCAAGUCAUUGAUGCAACACCACAGGAAUUAAGUGGCGGUGUAUUCAGAUGUGGACCUGCUCCAGUAACUGCAAUCAAGCGUGGGGAACUUGGGAGAAUGCAGUAUGACCUUCCAUUUGUAUUUGCUGAGGUUAACGCUGAUGUUGUUAAAUGGGUUAAACUUUCACCAUCGAAAUGGGAAAAACUUGAUGUAGACACAUCCAGAGUUGGUAAAAAUAUUAGUACGAAAGAGCCAGAUGGUAAACCAUACGAUAAAAAUACUUCAUUAUUUCCAUGGAAUUGGGGUAAAGAUGAUGGACGUCUUGACAUUACACAUGAAUACAAAUACAAAGAAGGAACUCUAGAAGAAAGACUAGCAGUACAAAAUGCUGGUAAAGCAUCAAAGAAAGUACGACAAGUUGAAGAAGCUGAACAUAUGGAUGUGGUGAUGGAGAUUGUUCAUAAAGAUGGUACUUUACUUGGAAGCAAUUUUGACGUGGAGGUCAAGGUGAAAAACCAAUCUAAGGAUCGUAAAGUAAGGACCAUCACAGUUCUGGAUGUAGGUGUAGAACCAAAGCUGUAUACUGGUGAAACUGGCGACGAAUUUGCUGAAAAGCGGUACAAUGACAUCCGAUUGAAAUAUGAAGAAGAGGAAACAUUUAAGUUUACCCUGAAACCAGAUGACUAUCUAGACCAUCUCACAGAGCAGUAUAUGAUGAAUAUAACUGCUACUGCUCAAGUCAAAGAGACCGGCAAAGUACAUAUUAAAGAAGAUGAUUUCAGACUUAGAAGGCCAGAUAUAGAAGUUGAGGCUCCAAAAUCUGGAAAAAGAUACAAACCGUAUGAAAUAAACGUGUCUCUGAAAAACCCGUUAUCUAAACCAAUGACGCAAUGUGUUGUUCAUGUGGAAGGUAACGGUAUAGUGAACGUUGAAGAAAAGAUCAGCGACAUUGCUGCAAAUUCAACAUGGAAGCACUCACUGACAAUAAAGGCCAACAGAUCGGGGAAAAGAACAAUGAAUGUCACUUUGGAUUGCAAAGAGAUCAAAGAUAUUACUGGCUACGCAAACAUUGACAUUGAGCCAUGACGUUGAUAAUUUUAUUUUAUAGUUAGAACAAUUUGUUCAUUAAAAUUUAAUUUAGUUGCGUUUAAUACAAAUAUAAAAAGAACUUGCUUUCAGUAUAGAAAAUAAUGUAGUGAUUUCUUAUAUAAGCCGUAGUCUUCCGCUUUGAAAUGGGAUCCGAUGCUCAAUUUACACUGUGAUAGAUUAUAUUUGAAAAAAAUGAUUUGAUAGAAAAAUUAAAUUAAUAGUGCUGUAACAAUAUCUUAUACACACAGUUUACAUUUAUAUUAUCAACUGAGUUGAACACUAUAGCAAUAUGGCGAAUAACAAAUAACAGCGAACAACAAUGACACAGAACCGAGGGCGCGCAGCAAACCUUUACCUUGAUAUGAGGGUUGCAAAAUGCUACUCUUAUCAUAUAUCAAAAAAAAUUGCCAGUUUUUAUUUUACUUUACUAAUAUAGCAGCAACACUUAAUCAGAUUGUUUGUUUUAUACUGAUAUCAUUUUGUUGUCAUUAUUAUUAUGAAUUGUUAGAAUUUUUAUUAUAUAUUGUUAAUCUUAUAUAUGUUUAGAAUAAAACUUUGGUCUCAA